CUUCCUCUCCGCCCACCGCGCUCCAGCCGCUCCGCCGCAGCCCGCGCUGUCCUCCGGCCCCCGGAGCCGCGCCGCCAGCCCCUCGCCCAGCCAUGGGGGACCUGCCGGGCAUCGUGCGCCUCUCCAUCGCGCUGCGCAUCCAGCCCAACGAUGGCCCGGUUUUCUUCAAGGUGGACGGGCAGCGCUUCGGCCAGAACCGCACCAUCAAGCUGCUCACCGGCUCCUCCUACAAGGUGGAGGUGAAGAUCAAGCCCACCACGCUGCAGGUCGAGAACAUUUCCAUUGGUGGUGUCCUCGUCCCAUUGGAACUGAAGUCUAAAGAGCCUGAUGGGGACAGAGUUGUUUAUACGGGCAUAUAUGACACAGAAGGCGUGGCACCAACCAAGAGUGGAGAACGGCAACCCAUUCAAAUCACCAUGCCGUUCACGGACAUUGGGACCUUCGAGACGGUGUGGCAAGUCAAGUUCUACAAUUACCACAAGCGAGAUCACUGCCAGUGGGGGAGCCCCUUCUCUGUCAUUGAGUACGAAUGCAAGCCCAACGAGACUCGGAGCCUCAUGUGGGUGAACAAGGAGUCCUUCCUCUGAAGACGGCUCUUGCUGAUGUUGCUGGACAAUCUCUUCAGAAAACUACUUCUAGAUAAACCAGCACAAGCCUUAACCAAGGCACACCGCGCCGUUGCUGUUUCCCAUCUGGUACCAAUGACCUACUAGCCCAGAUUGUUUCGAAAGUGUAAUUCCCCUUGGAUACGAUGUCCCCGAAGUAAGAGAUCUGUGAUGUACCACCCGAGAAAUACUCCUUUUUGUAUUUUGUGCUGGUCUUCCUGCAUCUAACCGUCCUCGGCUGCUCAUUGCUUGUGACUGAAGCUCGUGGAGUUUCCUGUCCAAUACGUGCGAGUUCUAUUGAAUGACUGUGGUGUUUUGUUUCCAAAUGGAGUGAUUCCCUCUUUUUUGUUUCUACGUUAAGUUUUCAAAAUAGCAACGUACAUGAGUCCCCCUGUGUGUGACAUGGUGGUAGUGGGUGCCCUGCAAUGUUUGCCAGAGUUCAGAACAGGCUUUGUGAAAAUGUAAUUCCAACAGCAGGGAACGGGACUCAAACCUUGUGCUCUUCCUAUAAGCAGCUCAGCUUUUUCAGGGAAGGAUAAUGACCUACUAAAAGAACAAACACUUAAAAAGUAUUUAUCAUGUAUUAAAAUCCCUUCAAGUAACUUAAGUUGUAGUGCCAUGGCCUUGUGGGGGGGGGAAAGUACUGCUAUGGACCCCUGGUUUAAAAAUAAAUUAAAAAGUGACAGGAGUGCAGGGUCACCCCUUUGGCAAGGCACUCUAGUGUUCAAACAUGCUCAUGGAUGGCAUUCCUACGUUUCCCUUCUUUGAACUUUGUAAAACUGUGGAUGGAACUGUAAUCAACUUUUGAUAUUUCUUAAUAAAGGCAUUGAAAACCAUG